GAGGUGGACACAAACACAUAGUUGCAUUUGUGAAUCCAUCGCGACUCAUAUAGUCCUGUUUUCAUUUGAGGACGGAUUUUCAAAGUUUUGGAUUUUAUUGUUGACAGGUGUUGGAUCCAGCAUGACGGAGGAAGGGGUCCCAGUGACGUUGUACGUUUAUGACCUCAGUAAAGGACUAGCUGAUCAACUGUCUACAUUAAUUCUUGGCACACAUAUUGAAGGUGUGUGGCAUACUUCUAUCGUUAUAUUCGGCCGAGAGUAUUUCUUCAGCCAAGAAGGAAUCAAUGAAUAUCCACUUGGAGUGUUUCAGUCUCAGACUGUACUUGGGGAACCCCAGAAGAAGAUUGUACUCGGAUACACACAAGUGCCUCAGUCCAUCUUCCAGGAGUACAUCCGAGGAUUGGGAUCCGGCAGUUUCAGGGGGACACAAUACAACCUUCUAAAGCACAACUGUAACACAUUCAGUAACGAAGUAGCAAACUUCUUAGUUGGAAUCGGCAUUCCUACAGAAAUAUUAGAGCUUCCGGAAAUCAUUCAAAAUACGCCCAUCGGUGCUACUAUCGCCAGUUUCAUCGAUCAGCUCUCUGAAGGGAUCUCGAGCUUGAGAAAGAACCGACAGAGCUCGCCGGAAUUUGAACAACUCAACAGCGCCAUCGAAGAGGCCAGACGCACAUCACACGCACUCGAGGAAAAACGUAACAUCCUAAACGAGAAGCUAGCAAAGAGGGAACGGAAGAAGAAUAAGAAGAAGAGACGGGAAAGUCGGGAUUCAAAAUAUCUUGAGGCUAACGAUUGUUUUUUGAGUGAAGGCGGGUCACCCAGCAGACAAAGGCCUAGGAUGGCAGACUCUGUGGAAGUUAUCUCAGGCAAUGGAGAGGACCAGGGCGGAGGGAAGCUGCCGUCACAAGUGGCGGAGGAAAUGGAGCAAGAGGAACGGAGAGAGAGGGAGGAGAGGAAGCGACAAAACCCUCCAAUCGUGUUCAAAAACGCAGUUGACGUGAGGGAGGAGUUUGACGCACUGGUCGGUCUGAUUGACGGCAAGAUGACACCAGAGGAGAUGACAUCACUGGAGGAGCUUCAUCAGUACAUGUUGGAGGACGAGGGCUCCUGGGCCCUGAGUGACAGCUUCCUCAACUUUGUCGGCCGCCUGCUGAAUGACAAGUCCCUACCGGAAGAGUCUUGUGUGAGGAUACUCAAUGUGCUGGCGUGCGCUGCGCUCAAAGAUGAUGUCAUACUGAUACUGCAUCAGGAUCGGCGUGAGCACAUCCUCAUGAACUUCGCCUUUGACAUUGACAGGCUGCCGUUGAUGCAACAGAAGGCGCUGGCGUUGUUUAUGUGUAACCUGUUUGAGAACCUCAGCAGCAGUGAGUGGCUGCUGUACAUAUCCGAGUGGUCGUAUUGCGGACAGCAGAUCAGCAAUAUCCGAGUGACAACCAAGGUCGCUGUCAACAGUCUGCUAGCAGACGACGCAGAGUUACGAGACCGGGGGAGCGCCAUCGUACACAACUUGGCCUGCAAGGAGAAAAUGCUCCAAAACCAAAAACUGCGUAGAUUAUUACCAGUGGGCUCAAUUUCAAAGGUGUUUGACGACGUGGCGGUGGAGCUGUCUAUGGCGCUGUUGCAGUUCUUCAACAACUCGCUGCCCGAAGAGCAAGUGUUUCGAACCAUGAAGGCGUUGGCCAGGUUCUGUCAAAUAUCCUCUCAAGAUGUCCCACAGCUCAUACAGAUGAUCGGCCCACACCCGAGCAAGUUCAAUGGAAUGUCACAACGGGUGGACGAGCAGAUCGCACUUAUUACUAAGAAGCUGCGUUAACUUAGAAUAUUUACGUUUAGAGAGACAAACAAUUUCUGCUGGAAUCCAAGAUUUUUGUAAAUUAUUGUGUAAGUGUUUCUUACGUGUACGAGAUUCGCAACUUUUUUAAUUCAAGCUGGUUACUCUUUGUAUAAUACUGUAAUGUUAAUAGGCAAGUAUUUUUGAUCGAAGUUUGGUCUCGAUAAAUGAUGUAGAUUAAAAAUUUUGUUUAGAGAGCUUAAGUAAUAUUUUUUUACUCAUUGACUCCCUCAAAUGUUAUUCAAAUAUUAAAUUGUUGACUCAAUUUCAUAAUUACUAAAAACUCAAAAUGUUCUAAAUAGAAUAUUUGGAUUUUUUUACAUACACUUGACAAACAAAGUCAUUUGUGCAUUUGAUAGUUUAAAAAAAUAAAAAUAAAUUUUAUCUAUUUUUGUACCCUUUGGUUUGUGCUUUCUCUCCCAAGAAAUGAACUAGUCUGCUAUUUUGUGCUAUUUGAUAUUUUACUUUCCAAAAGAAACGUUUGCUCUCUACUUUCCUACCCUUUUAAAAUGUUACUCUUCCAAGAAAGUAUGAAGUAAUCUGUUAUUUUGUAAAUUAUUAUUUGAUAUUUUGCACAAUUUUUAUAUGAUUUAUGUACUUUUUUUAAAUUAAUCAGUGUGAUUUGUAUACUAGAACAUAAUCUGCUUUAAUUUUUAACGUUUUAAAUUAUCGAGUUUACUUAACUGUGCACUUCAAAUUUACUAUCUUGAGUUGGAAAAUAAUGUAUGAUUUAUUUUGAGGUCCUGGAGUUUGUUAGCCUAAUAUUGUGCCUUUUAUAUUUUAUGCUGUUGCAUUUUCAUAGUUUAUUUUCUGUUAAAGUACUUUUAGCCAGAUUUAAUUUCAAAUGUGAUAAUUGUAUGUUUAAAUUAGUUUUUGAUUUAACCGUAGUUCGCUAAAUUAUGCUUAAACAACCUCAUGUGAGACCUUAAAGGCUUAUUUCGAACAAGUUUUAUAAAACAUUUUUUAUACUAAAUGUGAUUGAGCUGUAUGAACAAAUUUGUGUGUUUUGUGUGCAACACAAAAAUGUACUAUAUAUGAUAUUUUGUAUGAAUAAAAUGAUUUAGUUGUAGAGCUAA